GGCUGUUUGGGUUUAAAAAUGAUAUUUACAGUGAAUUAUAUUUCUUUGAAUGUUUUCAUUACAUUUUCAUGCUUCAAAUGGUUUAAAUUUUCUCUGAAUCAGGUUAGUGUGAGAAUUGGAUCCCCUAUUACAGGCUAUGGCCAGGAAAGUAGGAAUCGUGCUGCUCGCCAACGGAUUCCAAAUAGGAUAUGGACUGACGAAGAUGGCGUUGAACAUGUUGAGGUUAAUUUCCAUAUUCGGGGGCCCCGGGGAGCCGGAAAUGUCUACACAGAGAUGUUCAGAGACAAGGUGGACAAGCAAUGGAAAUUCACAUAUUUGAUUGUAGAGAUCAAAUCGCCUUCCCCGGCAAAACUAAUGCUCGAGUCCUACGUCCCAGCCUGAAGAAGGAUAUACAAUCAGUUGCAUCAUCUAUUUUCUCCAAAAUCAUAUUUUUUCUCGAGGUUGAGUAUAUUUUGCUGAGUCCAAGUUUUGAUUGCCCAGAGGUUGGAAAGGAAAUUCUUAACUUCAUUCUUACAGUUUGAUA